AGUGCGGGAAACUACGAAACGUUUGAGUCAGCAGUAAGUUAAUGUUUAUCUGCAAGAAAAGGAACUAAAAUAAUGGCGACUCUUUCUGAACGCAAUUUAGAAAAGUGGGAUAAUCUAAGCGAUUUCGAUAAACUGGAAUUUUUAUUUAAUCCACUCAACCCACCGGAUUGUAUAUUUGUAGUUGGAAUAUCAGAAAAAGAAAUACAGCACAUACCAUGCCAUAAACGAGUGUUGAUGGAUGUAUCUUUAGUUUUUGCUACAAUGUUUGAUGGAAAAUACUUGGAAUCUGAGUCUAAUUGCGAAAUUCGCUUAGAUGAUGUAGAACCAAUUGCAUUCGAACAAUUUAAAAAUUUUAUUUAUUACGGCAAUAAGCCAAUUUUAAACUCUCUAAAUGAUUGUCUGCAGUUGAUUUAUUUAAGCCAGAAAUAUGAGAUUAAUUCACUCCUAAACGAGUGUCUUGUUACAAUAAAGGAGAGGAUGAAAUAUAUAACCGUUUUGAAUUUGGCAGAAUUUUUUAAUUCUCCACUUUUUAUUACUCACCGCGCUUUGAUUCAGUCAAUAAAUUUAAUGAGGGAGAACAAUGAUUUGCUUCGAACUUCUCAGAUAUAUAAUAUACCUGCACCAAGAUUUAUAAUGCUUAUGGACAAACUUUCAUCUCUACUUUCUAAAUCAGAACUUUUCCAAAUGGUUGAAAAUUACAUUGAAAAAAAUUAUAUGUCGCAACAUGUGAAUAAUAUGAAUUUAAAUAAUGGAAAGUUAUCGUAUUCAGUACAGCAUAUAAUUACUACGCUGUUGUCAAAAAUAAAUAUUUUAAAUAUGAGCGCAAAAGAAUUCUGCGCUGGGCCAUUGCACUGUUCCUUUAUAGAUCCGUCCACAAAGCUGAGUCUGCUUGUGUCGAUAAGCAAAGGUGUAUUGGAAAAGUAUACAAUAAGGACAGAAAUGAUAAAAUCAAUGUUGUGUGGUUCAUCUAAGGAUUCAAAUGCAGCUGACAAUGGAACUACAGAUAACUUUGGAUUCCAACAACAAAAACAUGCUAAUCCAUUUGCUCUUAGUUCAUCUAAGGAUUCAAAUGCAGCUGACAAUGGAACUACAGAUAACUUCGGAUUCCAACAACAAAAACGUGCUAAUCCAUUUGCUCUUAGUUCAUCUAAGGAUUCAAAUGCAACUGACAAUAGAACUACAAAUAUCUUCCAAUCAAGAAGUAUUGCUGUUCCAUUUCGUCGUGGUUCAUCUAAGGGUUCAAAUGCAACUGACAAUAGGACUACAAAUAUCUUCCAAUCAACAAGAAGUGCUGUUCCUUUUGCUCUGGGUGGUUCAUCUAAGGGUUCAAAUGCAACUGACUAUAGCACUACAAAUAUCUUCCAAUCAACAAGAAGUGCUGUUCCUUUUGGUCUCGGUUCAUCUAAGGGUUCAAAUGCAACUGACAAUAGGACUACAAAUAUCUUCCAAUCAACAAGAAGUGCUGUUCCUUUUGCUCUGAGUGGUUCAUCUAAGGAUUCGAAUGCAACUGGCAAUUAAGAUCGAUUUGAAUAACCAGUUCUAAAACAACUACAUCCAAAUCUGAGCCAAUCGAUAUUAUUUUUUAUAUUCUCUAUCAUAAUAGUUAACUAAAUUCUACAUUAGAAGCAAAUACACUGAAAAAUUAAAAAGUUUUUCUAAAAAAA